GGGCUGGGCUCUCGAGGGGGUAGAGGAGAGACAGGGCGGGCGCGGGAGGAGCUGGAGAUGCUGCCGCCCCUCCGGGGCCGUAGUUCCCUGACUGCAGCUCGCACGGAGCCAGAGCGCGGGCAGGCGAGCGGUCGGUGCCCAGGGAGCGGCCCUCACCUGCUCGCGGCUCGCUCGGCUGCCUCAGGUCUGGGAGCGCUGCCGGCGACUGACCUCAGUCCGGGGCCGUCGACUGCCGUAGUCGCCCCGGGGAAGGACGCGGUGCCGGCGGAGUCCCGCUGCCCCCGGCGGCGGGGGCCAAGGCGGCCGGCGCAAUGAGCAGCAUCGAGAUCCCCGCGGGGCUCACGGAGCUGCUGCAGAGCUUCACCGUGGAGGUGCUGAGGCACCAGCCCGGGGACCUGCUGGAGUUCGCCCUGCAGCACUUCACCCGCCUCCAGCAGGAGAACCGGCGUAAGGGAGGCCCCGGCGCUGGUGACUUGGCCGCGGCCGGAGCCGCUGGGGGCGGCACCCCCAGCCGGGGGGUCAACUUUGCAGAGGAGCCAGUGCAGACCGAGUCUGAGAACGGGGAGGAGGACGAAGAAGAGGAGGAGUCCGGCGAGCCAGGGGCGUUCAACGCUCCAGUGAUAAACCGAUUUACUAGACGUGCAUCAGUAUGUGCAGAAGCUUAUAAUCCAGAUGAAGAAGAAGAUGAUGCAGAAUCCAGGAUUAUACACCCGAAGACAGAUGAUCAAAGAAAUAGGUUGCAGGAAGCUUGCAAAGACAUCCUUCUUUUUAAGAACCUAGAUCCGGAGCAGAUGUCUCAAGUAUUGGAUGCCAUGUUUGAAAAGCUGGUGAAAGAAGGAGAGCAUGUUAUUGAUCAAGGGGAUGAUGGUGACAACUUUUAUGUAAUUGACAGGGGUACCUAUGAUAUUUAUGUCAAGUGUGAUGGUGUCGGAAGGUGUGUUGGUAACUAUGAUAACCGUGGGAGCUUUGGUGAAUUGGCCUUAAUGUACAAUACACCCAGAGCAGCUACAAUCACUGCUACCUCUCCUGGUGCUCUAUGGGGUUUGGACAGGAUAACCUUCAGGAGGAUAAUUGUAAAAAACAAUGCCAAAAAAAGAAAAAUGUACGAAAGUUUUAUCGAGUCACUACCAUUUCUUAAAUCUCUAGAAGUCUCGGAACGUCUGAAAGUGGUUGAUGUUAUAGGCACCAAAGUAUACAAAGAUGGAGAACAGAUUAUUGCUCAGGGAGAUUCGGCUGAUUCUUUUUUCAUUAUAGAAUCUGGAGAAGUAAAAAUAUCUAUGAAAAGGAAGGAUAAACAGGAAGCGGAAGAGAAUGGUGCCAUUGAAAUUGCCCGAUAUUCUAGGGGGCAGUAUUUUGGAGAACUCGCCCUGGUAACAAACAAACCCCGAGCAGCUUCAGCCCACGCUAUUGGAACUGUCAAAUGUUUAGCCAUGGACGUGCAAGCAUUUGAAAGGCUUUUGGGACCCUGCAUGGAAAUUAUGAAAAGGAACAUUGCAAACUAUGAAGAGCAGUUAGUUGCUUUAUUUGGAACAAACAUGGACAUUUUUGAUUCCACAGCAUGAAGGAGAAAUAUCAUUUGACAAGAGCUAAUAUCACAGAACAGCACAGUAGUGGUUCGUCCACUGAAAACGUGUCUUUGUUGUAGAUGCCGAGCAUUUCCUGUGAUUUCAGAAAAAUUUUUUUUGCUUUUUUUACAUAACACUAUAAUGUAUCAGUAAACAAAAUAGUGAUUUCUUAGAUAAUAGGCUUUACCUACAAUACUUCAGAAAGAGCAGAUUUUAAGAAAUCAAUAUGUUGAUUAGUUUCUACUCUACAAAAUUAAGAUUUGCUGAAAAGUUUGUUCUAAUGAUUGUGGCAUCUUAGAAAUAUUAGUGCAUAAAAAGUUAGCAAAAUACUCAUAGUACUGGGGACAUAAAAAUGGGUUCGUUCUGGUAGAUCCAAAUUAUCAUGCCCAAGUCAAAAAGGAACUCGGAAGCUGAUCGUAGUUGUAAAAAGCAUGACAUUACAUUCUUUCUAAAAAGUCUAUAUAUGAUGUGUCUCUUUUCAUCCUUUUUGUUUUCUGGCUUGAUGUAGUCUCUUUGAGAAGUAAUACUCCACAUGCAAUGUUAAGGCCUCAUACGUUGUUGCAAUAAACUACAUUUUGACUAAUUUGGCAUAAUAUCGAUAGUUUAUACAUUCCACUGGUUUAAGAACUGGCAAUCCAAACAUUUUUUAGUAAGUAGAAAAAAGCCUUUUUUAGAUGACAAUUGUCACAUUUUUCCUAAGCAACCAGAUCUUACCGUUUUCUUCUUUCUUGUUUUAUAGUUUGCAAUCCCAACUAUUUUUCACCUCUUUGCUUUGCUUUAGACUUUUAUAUCCACCUUUUCAUAACAGACCUUGGUUACUUUUUUUCCUUUCAAAUUUUAAAUCAAAACAACUCCAAAUUUCUGGACCACAAAAUAACUAUUGGUAUGAUCAAUAGUAAGAAUAAAUGAAGUCACAUUUUGAGAAUUAUUAAUAAAAGAGCAGAAGAAAACUAUCUUGAACUUUAAACUUAUUUAUUAAAGGUGAUAUUUUGGGUUCUAAAUCCCAGAAAUCUUUUAGUCACUGUAAACUAUUUCCUUUAGCAAAAUUAAUCUGAGGUCAGUCUACUAUUUUAUCUAAUGGAAUAUUAUUUCUACAUCCUUAGGCUGGGUUUACAUAAGAUGACUCUAUUCAACAUUUAAACCAAAAUGGUUCUUUCCCCUCUUGUAUCAACUCUGGAAUCUGUCUGUAAAGAGAUAGGACAUGACAGAAACUUUGUCAAUCAGUAGCUACUAUAGUUUUUGUUUCUGUCAGAGAAAACCACCAUAAGGAUGGCAGAAAUACAAAUCUGAUAAAUGGUAACAAAGUAGUAAAAUGAGAACAAAAAUUAAAUGUGUGAAACUGGUUUGUGAACUUAUUCCCUAGCCCUCCAAACACAUCAUUAUUACACCAUUUUACAUCCUACUGCUUCAUGAGGGCACAUGCUCAAACAGUGAGCUGAACAUAAACCAUUAGUGUAUUACCAAGACUGAAGGAAUACUAUUCUUGUAUAAUGUUUCUACUCUUCUAAUUUGGAAAGAAGUUAGUUUAUAGGAUGUUAGAUUUAGAGCUGAAAGGGGUUUAAAAGUCACACACAGAGGGGAUGGAAGUCUUAGAGAGGUUAAAUGAUUUGCCAAAGGAUCGUAGGUUGUGACAAAGGUGGGAUUCAAAUUCAGGUCCUUUGACGAGAACUUUAUCCACUUCACAAAACUUGCCCUCUUCCCUUGAGUUCUUAAGAAAUGUCUUUGUGUUAUACCAUUCACUAACAAUAUUCAUGUUAACAAACUGUGUUUGCACUAAAAUUAAAAUGAAUGUUUUUUUUAAUUUUCCUAGAAAACAAGUUUUCAGCUUCAGUAUGGUUUAAAAUUCUUUAUUUACUGUGUUCCGUUUGGAAAAUCUUUUCAGCCUCAUUUGAAUAUGAAACUUUGUUUAGGAAACAAUGUAACUAUCUGAAGUUAUAUAUAAAACAUAAUUAAAAGUAUAACUUCAGCCAAAUUUUAAAUGUAUUAACUUUUUUUUACACAUGCUACCUUGUAUGGAAAAAAAUGUUACAUACAUGAUGAUAAUUUGUUAGCCUUUGUACGUCAGAUUUUAUUUUAAAAGGCUGUGUCUUAUACAAGGAGAAAAACACUAAUCAACCUGAAUUCUCAGUUUAUCAUUCCGUACGCUUACUUCUAAACAAAUUAUUGGUUCUGUUGCUCUAGUUUAUUGUUAACUAUUCACAGAAUGAUAAAGAAAUACUUGUACAACAAAGAAUUCUGAUUGAGGUUGUAAAUGCCAGUCACAAUAUUUUCAGUAUUGUUGGUUAUAUUUAAAGUUUCCUUAUAAUAAAUCACUUUUAUAGUAAAUUAUUUAA